AUGGGUGAAAUCGGUACGAAUCUGCUCCGGCGGAGGAUAGCUGAACAAGCCCGCGAACAGAGCACGAUACGCGACGCAGCACUGGAGAACAAAUUUCGAAAGCUGCCCAAUCCAACGUCGCCCAGAAACGACAAACAGGUGCACAACCUGUCAUCAAAGGAGCUGACGAAGGAUCAGAUGCAGGUUUUACGGCACGAAGCCUCAUUUAACACGGCUGACGCCAAACCUGUUAACAUGAUUGCAGCAGUGGAAUCAAUCCUUUGUCAGACGGAGGCAACGGAGGAGACUAAGAACCUCAUCCGACACCAAGUGUCGUCUCUCCUGAUGGCCCACAGGCCGCGGGAAGUGCUUUCCAAGGUUGAACGUGAUGCGCUUAGAGAACUCAAGGCCGACAAAGACCUGGUCAUCGUGCCAGCGGACAAAGGACGCGCCACAGUUGUA